GGGAGGAACUAGAAUCUUUUCAAGACAGUUAGCUCCCCUGUCCAAUACCGGAAGUGGGUCUUUUCAAGUCAUCACGCCUAAGCAAACAUGGCCGACUCGGGAGCUGGUGGACGUGGUGGAUUUCGUGGUGGGUUUGGCGGAGAAGGCAGAGGCCGUGGACGCGGCAGAGGCCGUGGAAGAGGACGGGGCCGAGGACGUGGACGUGGUGCUAAAGAGGGUGAAAAGGAUUGGAUUCCAGUGACCAAGCUUGGACGCCUUGUAAAAGAUGGAAAAAUAAAGAGCUUGGAAGAGAUCUACUUGUUUUCUCUCCCUAUCAAGGAAUGUGAAAUCAUUGAUUCGUUUCUUCCAUCUGGGACUCUAAAGGAUGAAGUUCUUAAAAUCAUGCCUGUACAAAAGCAGACUCGUGCCGGACAGCGAACACGAUUCAAGGCAUUUGUUGCUGUGGGUGAUUACAACGGCCAUGUUGGUCUGGGAGUCAAGUGCUCAAAAGAAGUAGCUACUGCUAUCCGUGGAGCAAUCAUCCUUGCCAAGUUGUCAGUUAUUCCAGUGCGAAGAGGUUACUGGGGUAACAAGAUCGGAAAGCCACACACUGUGCCAUGCAAGGUAACUGGCAAGUGUGGCAGUGUCCUUGUUCGUCUCAUCCCUGCCCCUCGUGGUACUGGAAUUGUGAGUGCACCUGUUCCUAAAAAGCUGCUUACCAUGGCUGGUAUUGACGACUGCUAUACAUCUGCCCGUGGUGCCACAGCCACUCUGGGCAACUUUGCCAAAGCUACAUAUUCUGCCAUCUCUAAGACAUAUGCUUACUUGACACCAGACUUGUGGAAGGAAACUGUGUUCAACAAAGCACCUUACCAGGAGUACACAGACUACUUGAUGAAACACCACUCGCGUGUUGGCGUUCAGAGGCAGGAGCAGAAAGUGUACUAAAUGUUUAAAAAAAAAAGUCUUGAAAAUAAACACAGACUUGUGGAAGUAUU